AUAUUCGCAUCGUGUGUGAUUAGUGAUUAUAAACAAAAAGCGUGGAUUUUUAUUUAAUCAUAAUCGAUUAACCUGCAUAGCUACUGUGUAGCGUGCGUUUUAGAUUAGUUGUCUUCAAAAAGACGUAAAAAUGGAUGACAAUAACGUGGAACAAACGCCUGCCUCGCAAAGGCUUACAAAUGAAGACUUUAGGAAGCUGCUGAUGACUCCCAGAGCUACGCCUGGAGGCUCUGGGAGCUCCCACCCUGCGGGCUCCGUGCGGGAAGCUAUGGCUAAUUCUGGCUCAAUGCCACCGCCUACAGAGAACAAAGGGGAGUUACGUAGAAAAAAGAAGUCUUAUUAUGCAGCUUUAAAGAAACAAGAAGACAAUAAAUUAGCGGAGUUAGCAGAGAAGUAUAGAGAUAGAGCUCGGGAACGGAGAGAUGGUGUCAAUGAGUUGGGACCCAUGGACCCUACCAGUAACACUAGCAGUGCAUACAGAGCGGUCGCCCCGGAUUUAAAAUCAGGAAUGGAUGCCAAAGAGAGAAGGAGACAGUUAAUCCAGGAAUCCAAAUAUCUUGGUGGUGACAUGGAACAUACGCAUUUGGUGAAAGGUCUCGACUACGCUCUCUUACAGAAGGUGAGGUCCGAGAUUCAGACGAGGGAGCAAGAGCAGGAGGCUGAGAUGGAACGCCUGGUCACCACACCCGUAGAGCCAGUCAAGGAGAAGAAAGAAGUUCCCGUUGAGGAAGAGAUGCAGUUUGAGACGGCGAUGGGAAAGAAUAUCUUCAAUAUGAUCCAGGAACAGAAGAACAAGAAGGUGUCCCGCAACGAGAUGUUCGCGCCGGGGCGCAUGGCGUACGUGGUGGAGCUGGAGGACGAGGGCGCGGCGGACAGCGACAUCCCCACGACGCUGACGCGCAGCAAGGCCGACGUGCCCGCGCCCGACACGCGCUCCUCCGCCGCCGCCGCCAACGACGUCGUGCUCGACAAACUCGCGCAGAUCUUCUCCUACCUCCGCCACGGACGACACAGGAAACUUAAGAAGACUAAAGGGGACAAGCCUAUGGACAAGGGCCGGCAGGACGAGUCCAUAUACGGCGAGAUCGGCGAGUACAACCCGGGCGGGGAGCGCCUCGAGCGGCGCGAGGAGCGCCCGCGCCCCGGCGGCUACUUCGACAAGCCCGCCGACGCCGACGACAAGAUCAUGGACGUAUCGGACCCGGUCCGCGGCCGAGUCCCCGAGGUGUCUCGUCGGUCGGCGGCGCUCCUGUCGCGGUUGGCGGCGGAGCCCCAGGGCUACGCAGAGUGCUACCCCGGCCUCAGGGAGAUGGACGACGCCAUCGAUGACUCUGACGAUGAAGUGGACUACACCAAGAUGGAUGCCGGCAAUAAGAAGGGACCUAUUGGGCGUUGGGACUUCGACACCCAGGAAGAGUACUCGGCGUACAUGAGCAGCAAGGAGGCGCUGCCGAAGGCUGCCUUCCAGUACGGAGUCAAGACCCAGGACGGGCGGAAGACCAGGAAGACCAAGGAUAAGAGUGAGAAGGCUGAGCUCGACAGGGAGUGGCAACAGAUUCAGAAUAUAAUUCAGAAACGCAAAGCGCCGCAAGCUACAGAUGAACCUUCAUACAAAUCAGCGAAAUACUAACCUUACCACAUGUUACAUAAAUACAAGACAACAAGAAAUAAAGUGAAAUUAUUUAAAAAUGGCUGAAAAAUACCUGGCUAUGGAUAAGCUUGGGUUGAAAUUAUAAUGAAAUGAUGAUUAAAGAUGGCUUAGGAUGUGUUAUCCUCCGGAGCUGCGGACUACCUAGCGGGUUUACCGGGGCUCCGGCUCGAAAAGCUAGAGUAGGAACGGGGUGGUUUUUAGUCAGUAAGAGUCUGACACUCCCUCUCGCCUCGCCCAAGGCGGGAGAAGUCAUUGGAUGAUCUUCCCCCUUAAAAAAGUGUGUUAUCCUGCGUCUCUGCUUACCUCAUUGAGGAAUAAAAGUCAGUGCAGUUAUGUGUUCAGCUGAUUUGCUUACAGCCAAUCGACCAACGAGGUUAGGUUGAUAUUUUAAACCUUUUGACCGCCAUAUCACUCAUAAAAAAUUUCGCUGUGUGAGUGAGGUUACCGCAGACUUAAUCCUCCUCCCCAUUCGUCAAUCCUCAAAUCCCUAUCCCCAAAAGAGUGACAAUACUCAUGUAACUCCACUGGUGUUGCGAGUGUCCAUAAAUGGUGUCCAUUGGUAUCUUUAAUAUGAAUUUGCCUUACGUUUAAAGUUAACGAAACGAGAGCAUAUUCGGCGCUCUGAUCGGCUGGAUCGAAUAAACCUCAUACUGAUUGGUUAACGAUUGGUUAACGCUCUGAGCCUUUAGCCAAAUGCAGGCAUUUAGCGCAUGUCUACUUGUAGAAUAGAAAACUAAAUUGUACAGGAUUGACAUAAAUUUUGACACUUGUCAGUGUCAUCCCCAUACAUUGAGUUUUCUACUCUCGAUGUCGACCAACGCUAAAGAGACAUUUGGCUAGAGGCACUGAUUGGAAAACUCAUACUAAAGUUACUGAUCAGGUGAUCAGUCUGUUUAUUUGCCACUAAUUAUAUUUUGUUUAAAUACGGGCUAGUUAAGUCUAGUAGUUCCAGAGUCUAUUCAAUGCAAACAAACAAUAAAUAUUUUCCUCUUUAGUAUUAGUACAACAAAUAUGUGAGUAUGGCGGUCAAAAGGUUUAACGUUGAGUUAAUUAGGUAUUGAUAGCUUAUUGUUAAGUCAAAUAUUGUAAAUAUACAAUAAAUACGAAUAUAUGAAGUGUGAUGUCACCUAAA